AAACCCAAAAAAAAAGAAAAAAUUUAAUUAUUUUUUUUAUAAAUUUCAAACCCCCCUCCCAUUCUCACACCUUCAAUCUUCUUCACACAUUUUUCAAUUUCAAACUCCCCCCUCUCUUUUGAACACGAAACCUUCCGGCUCCGGCUUCUUUCCCGACAAUCUCGAGCCUCACGAGUCCGCGAUGUGGUAUUUCCAAGAAUACGGGAAUCAUCCGCCGAUGUUCGAGACGCAACAAUCAGUAUACGUCGAGCGAGAUUCGGUUCCAGAGACUCAACUGGAACCAUCCGGCUCCAAAAAAAGUGCACGCCGGAAAAGCCACAAAGCAAAAGGCACGAUGACCGAGGCGGCACGGUCAAUCCAAAAGUGGAUGCCGGAGGAAGAGUGCUUAUUGGCGUCGGCUUGGGUUGAUGUCUCCGAGCAUCCAAUCGAUGCGAUGUGGGAUCGUAUCGAGGAGAAGUUCUUCACGGCGAUGAACAAGGAUGGCUCCUACCGUACCCGGGACCAACUCACUUCCAAAUGGAGCCACAUCAACCGUAAAGUCCGAAAGUUUAUCGAAGUUUACGAGGAAUGUGCCCGGUCCCGGAGGAGCGGGACGAACGACGCCGAUGUUCUCCGGCUUGCCACGACCCGGUAUCAAGAUGACGGGCACCAAGGCAAGAUGCCCAUCGAUCUUUGGAGGAUUUUGAGCCGUUCCCCGAAGUGGCAACAACUCAACAAUCCCGACGGCGGAUCGUCAAAGAAAAGAUCCUCCGUCGACGCCGAGGUUGAGGUCGUCGACACUAUCGGUUCGUCCAAACAAAUGCCUCCCUUCAACGUUGCAGAUUCUGAUGACGAGGACCCCAUCCCACGGCCGAUCGGAAGAAAGAAGGCAACAUCCAUAGCCUCGGGGUUGCUAGGGUUUCGCGUUCGCCGCAUCUUCUUCUUCUUAUUCGUCUUAUCUUCUGCACCUACAGGAGCAAUGGCGGAGCAGACUGAGAAGGCUUUCUUGAAGCAGCCAGGAGUUUUUCUCAGCUCGAAGAAAACGGUUAAGGGUAAGAGGCCCGGAAAGGGAGGCACCCGUUACUGGAAGAGCAUUGGGUUGGGGUUUAAGACUCCUCGCGAGGCUAUCGAAGGUACGUACAUUGAUAAGAAAUGCCCCUUCACUGGCAACGUUUCCAUCAGAGGUCGUAUCCUUGCUGGCACUUGCCAUAGUGCUAAGAUGAAUAGAACAAUCAUUGUUCGUCGCAACUACCUUCACUUUGUGAAGAAAUACCAGAGGUACGAAAAGCGGCACUCAAACAUUGCUGCUCACAUCUCACCCUGCUUCCGUGUAAAGGAGGGAGACCACGUUAUCAUUGGUCAAUGCAGGCCAUUGUCCAAGACCGUGAGGUUCAAUGUUUUGAAGGUGAUUCCUGCUGGCUCUGCUAGUGGUGGAAAGAAGGCGUUCACUGGCAUGUGAAAACUGGUCUUUCUGCUUAGCCCUUAAGCUUUCAACUUACAAUUAGACUAUGUUGUUUUUUCUUGAUUUUUUAUCAUUCACUUCUUCUUGAACUCAAUGUAUUUCAAGUUAUAGAGGGUUGGUUUUGAAGAAGUCUUCUUCCUGAGAACAUUUACAGUUUCUCCAUUGAAAUGCUUUUCCUUGUUUGACCUUUUCCUGCUAUCUGGUUCUGGAACAUCAAAUUAAUGUGCCUUGAGAGUUCAAGCCUUGCCAUUGACUUGACUAAUUUGGUCACAGACUCACAGGGAUUUGAAACUAUUGA